UGAUCGGACUCUCCACAAAUUUCCUCCCAUUUUGAGCAACGCCAGAACCCGCUUUUCAGAACGUGAAGAGGCAAGAAGGGACCCAAGCCACCUCAAGGUAAAAAGAGAGAGCGGUACAAACAAGGCAAAGUCUUUGAGAGAACAGCAGCGCUACCUCGGUCCUCGCAGAUUGGGGGCUGCCGAGCGACUGUCGGAAGACCCUCCUCGGUAACCCCUCUGUCAGCCGCUCCGAAAAGACCUCUGACCUCCAAAGAAGGUCCGCUCCGUGAUCCCACCCCCGACGGCUUCUGUCCGCGUCUUUGAUUGGUUUGUUUAAGGAUCCCUCAGUUUAGUGCGCCCAAUGGGAGCUCGGCCUGGACCUAGGGACCCCGCCCCAUGCCCCCGCUCCGGGGAGCGGCGGAGAGUAAAUACAACAGGAGCGCAAAAUGGCGGAACCGCCGAACCCAGCCCGUGGCCCCGUGGCUGUCCUCUCUGAGAAGGAGGCAUUUGGCAAACUACAGCCUUCCUCGCGGGAGUCACCGGGUUCUAUGUCCGCCAAGAAGGUUCGCACGGAGGAGAAGAAGGCGCCGCGGAGAGUGAACGGGGAGGGGGGCAGCGGCGGGAACGGCGGGCAGCUGCAGCCGCCCGCCGCCCCGUCGCCACAGAGCUACGGCAGCCCGGCGGCGUGGAGCUUCGCGGCUCGCCCCGCCGCCUCCUCCCAGGCCACCCCUCGGGGCUGUUACUCCUUCUCCGCGAGCCCGAGCGUCUCCUCAGCCUCCGCUUCCUCGUCUCAGCCGGUGCCGCGCAAACUGCUGGUGGCUUCCUCGCUGCUGCACGCUCAGCCUCACCGCGUCCUGCUCCCGCCCGUCACUCCGCCGGCUGCCGCCAAGCCGCGCAGACCCAAGGAGAAGCGCGAGAAGGAGAAGCGGAGGCACGGCCUCGGCGCCGCCGACCGGGAUGAGAACGGCGAGGCGAAGCCGCUGCCGCGAGAUAAAAUCAAAGACAAAAUUAAAGAGAAAGACAAAGAAAAGGAGAGAGAGAGAAAGAAGCAUAAAGUAAUGAGUGAGAUCAAGAAAGAAAAUGGAGAUGUAAAGAUUUUCCUGAAAAAGGACCCGGGCUCCAUUCUCAGCACCCCAUAUGGAGGCUCACAACCAUCUGUGAUUCCCUCUUCUGCUCUCCAAGGUGGGAAGGAGAAGCCAAAAACAAAUAUAGAAGACUUACAAAUUAAAAAAGUAAAGAAGAAAAAGAAAAAGAAACACAAAGAGAAUGAAAAACGGAAGCGUCCAAAAAUGUAUAGCAAAUCUAUUCAGACCAUCUGCUCAGGAUUGCUGUCUGCUGAAGAUCAAGAAGCCAAAGGCAUCUUAAACGACAAUGUAAAGGAUUGCAUUGGAAAACACUUGGAUACCAAAAACUGUGACUCAAAGGUUCCUGAUAACAGUGACUUUCCCUUUGUCUCAUUAAAGGAGCCACGCGUUCAGAAUGACCUGAAAAGGUUGGAUACUCUGGAGUUCAAGCAGCUCAUUCACGUUGAACACCAGCCCAAUGGAGGUGCGUCCGUCAUCCACGCCUACUGUAGUGAGCUCUCCUGCCUGUCUCCCGUGGAGAUGCGGAGGUUUGCGGAAGAAUUUGUGGGUCUAGCGUUCAGUGAGAAUGAGAGCUCUGCAGCUUUCUACGUGAUGGGCGUUGUUCACGGGGCAGCUACGUACUUACCUGACUUCCUAGACUACUUCUCAUACAACUUCCCCAACUCGCCAGUCAAGAUGGAGAUCCUGGGGAAGAAAGACAUAGAGACAACAACUAUGUCCAAUUUUCAUGCUCAGGUAAAAAGAACAUACUCUCACGGUACUUACAGAGCUGGCCCGAUGCGGCAGAUAAGUUUGGUGGGAGCGGUUGACGAGGAAGUGGGAGAUUACUUCCCCGAGUUCCUGGACAUGUUAGAGGAGUCACCCUUUUUAAAGUGUACAUUGCCAUGGGGAACACUAUCUAGUCUAAAAUUAGAGAGUCGGAAAGAUAGUGAUGAUGGUCCCAUCAUGUGGGUGCGUCCAGGAGAACAAAUGAUCCCUGUGGCUGAUAUGCCAAAGUCACCCUUCAAAAGGAAAAGAACUACCAAUGAAAUAAAAAACCUUCAGUAUCUACCUCGAACCAGCGAGCCUCGGGAGAUGCUGUUUGAAGACAGGACGAGAGCCCAUGCGGAUCACAUAGGCCAAGGCUUUGAACGACAGACCACCGCAGCUGUUGGCGUGCUGAAGGCUGUGCACUGUGGACAGCGGCCUGAUCAACCCCGAGUAACCAAAGAUGUCAUUUGUUUUCACGCAGAAGAUUUCUUAGAAGUAGUUCAACGAAUGCAGUUAGAUUUACACGAACCUCCACUGUCCCAGUGUGUACAGUGGGUUGACGAUGCAAAACUUAAUCAGCUGAGGAGAGAAGGUAUUCGCUAUGCCAGGAUUCAGCUAUAUGAUAAUGACAUUUAUUUUAUUCCACGGAAUGUUGUCCAUCAAUUCAAGACAGUUUCGGCUGUAUGCAGUUUGGCAUGGCACGUUCGACUUAAAUUAUAUCACGCAGAGGACACUUGUCACAGUACAGUUACUCACGAACAAGGCAUACCAUCAGGUCCCGCAUCAUUAGUUCUUGGAACUCACACUGAGAACCAAAGCUCCUCAGACUCUGUGUUGUCAGACAGACUUCAUUCUAAGUAUGAAUCACCACAAGUUAAACAGGAACCUGUUGUGUCUCUAAACAUCAAGGAAGAACCCGUGACGGUUACUGUAUCUGCAAAGACUAGAACACCAAAUAACACAGAAGGCAAGAGCAGUAAGGCAAAGUCGGAUCAUGUUCAGUUUUCAGAUUUUCACAUUGACAUGGAUUCUAAAUUUGAGAACACCAACAAAGACUUAAAGGAAGACUUGUGUCCUGGAAGUGUUCAGGAAGUCGAUACACGGCAACAUAGUUGUAUACCUUCAAACCAGGACAGAAGUGAUGAGAACAAUGUGUGCUAAACUUGGACAUUGCAUAUGACCUUUCUUUAAAAAUAAUUUGUAAUGAUUCAUGAAAUCUGAAAGCAAGCCUAGGAGAUGCUCUCAAGUCUGUUACAAAAUAUAGUUUAUGUAGCUUUGUAACAUUCCUCAGUGCCUGUCCAUACCCGGGAAGUAUAACGAGUGCACUUAGGGCCAGAUGCACUGUAAACACUGCAGGGUUAAAUACGCAGGAGUCUUUAGGAAAGUCAUUUGAGUUGGAGUUUUAGGUUUUAGAAUAGAGCUGACAAAAAUCAUAUAAAUAUAUUUUUUGUAAUAUGAGCCAGAAUUCUUCUUUUGACAAUUUAAGGUUUUUUCCAUAGAGCUUAUUUAUACCAACUUUUUUUCCUUUUAAACGUGUCAGCACUGUAGUGUAAAUAGCUCUACAAAACCUUUUUAGUGCGAUUUAUAUUGAGAUGUGAGCCACUUAAUAAAGGUUCAUAAUACUAAA